AUGGCGGAGGCUUCCCUCGGGAGUUCAAGUCCAGUUGGCUCUUUAUCGUCAGAAGACCAUGACUUUGAUCCGACUGCAGAAAUGCUAGUCCAUGAGUACGACGAUGAGAGAACUUUGGAGGAGGAGGAGUCACAGGAGGGCAGCAACAUCAGCUCGGAGCUCGCCGACCUCGAGAAGGAGGGGAACAUGCCUCUGGACGAGCUCCUGGCCAUGUAUCGGUGUGACGCGUCCGCCGGCUCCAGUGUGGACAGUUCCUCUGGAGACCUGACCGACGAGCUGCCGGACAUGACUCUGGACAAGGAGGAAAUCGCCAAAGACCUUCUGUCCGGAGACUACGAGGAGGAGACCCAGUCCUCGGCCGAUGACCUCACUCCGUCCGUCACGUCACACGAGACCACAGACUUCUUCCCCCGCACGCUGCGCUCGAACGCCAUUUCAGACGGAGACAAAGAGUCGGACUGUGACGACGACGGCCCGAGUCCAGAAGAUUCCAGAAAAGAGAUCCAGGUGGGCUCCGAGUACCAGGCGGACGUGCCAUCCUGCUUAUGUCACUACAAAGACGGAGAGAACGUGUACGAGCUGGAGGACGAGUUGAUGUGGAGCCCGUGUUCUCUGUCCGAGAGCAAAGUGCGGAGUUUCCUGUUGGACGCAGCUCUGAGGGCGACGGACGAGAAACUGAGCUGUGACCGAGGAGUGACCGUGCGGGACAACGAGCAGGCUUUGCACGAACUGGUGAAGAGCAACUACAACACGAGGGAAGCACUGGAGCGGUACUGCAGCCAGCUCAAGUCCUCCAAAGAAAAAUCUCCUCCCUGGUCUGAAGACGAGUGUAAGAACUUCGAACACGCUCUACAGAUGUACGACAAGAACUUCCACCUCAUCCAGAAACACAAAGUGCCGAGUCGGACCGUGGCCGAGUGCGUGGCCUUCUACUACAUGUGGAAGAAGUCGGAACGCUUCGACUUCUUCGUGCAACAAAACCGGUUCGGCAAAAAGAAGUACAGCAGCUACCCGGGCGUGACGGACCUGAUGGACCGGCUGGUGGACGAGGCAGAGGGGUUGGCGGUGGACAGCUCGUCGUCCGUCUGCUCUGGAGGAGGACGUCUGGAGGCCACGACCGAACAACAGCUCAGUUUGCUCAACUCCAUCACGGCCAGCGACCUCACAGCGCUGAGUAACUCAGUGGCCACAGUCUGUAGCCCCGCGGAGGUGGGCUGCCUGGACUCAUACUCGUUCCCCCUGGAGAGCCUCCAUCGUGGGCCCCUGGAGAGCCUCCAUCGCGGGCCCCUGGAGAGCCUCCACCGGCCCCUGAGCCAUGACGAGCCCUUGGGCUUUGGCCCCGGCUCCGGAGACCCCGACUGCCUGAACAUGCUGGACGCGGGCUUCUACCACGCGGAGCUGGGCUGCGAGCGGCCGACCAAGAGACUGAAGAUGGACUCCUUCAUGAGCCCCUCCCACCACAGAAUCUCCGGAGCCAAAAUGGCCGUCUCCGUCACAGACUUCAGCGGCGCCGAGCCCUUCCUGAGCGCACACGGACGCCACCACACGACACACGCGGCGCUUCACCUCUCCCAGUCUCGUCCUUCAGCCUCUCCCAGUCUCGUCCUUCAGCCUCUCCCAGUCUCGUCCUUCAGCCUCUCCCAGUCUCGUCCUUUAGCCUCUCCCAGUCUCGUCCUUCAGCCUCUCCCAGUCUUGUCCUUCAGCCUCUCCCAGUCUCUCCCAGUCUCAUCCUUCAGUCUCUCCCAGUCUCGUCCUUCAGCCUCUCCCAGUCUCGUCCUUCAGCCUCUCCCAGUCUCGUCCUUCAGCCUCUCCCAGUCUCGUCCUUCAGCCUCUCCCAGUCUCGUCCUUCAGCCUCUCCCAGUCUCGUUGGCGCGCUCGUAUCUCGCCUGUGGAUUGUAA